AAUGAUUUAUAAAUUAAUUGGAAUUUCAGGUUAUCUUAUCUAUCUGAUCUACUUUACAAAGUUUUUGGAAUUUAUCUGGCCAAAUGAGAUACAAAAUAGUAAAGUAUUAUUGUAUUUUAGAAAAUAUAUUCUUUAUUGUGGUCAUGGUAGUCGUUCAAAAUGUAAUUUAAGUUGUCGUUUGUGCAUAUUAUUAGAUAUUUUAUUCGCUCAAUCAUCCAUUCUUUGAAUAGUAUAAACUAGUUAAGGUAUAUAUAUUUGAUUAAAUAAGAAACCUUGGCCUUGGGAGAAGAACAAGGAAGAAUGGAAAAAAAUGAAAAUAAAAACCUUAAAAUCAAUUAUCUUAAAUUAAUCCCUGGCUGCUUUGCUUGUUUCAGUGAUACCACCUUUUCAAUGUAGAAUGGAUACUCUCAGUUUUCCAAGCUACUUAGAAAUUAUGAAACACGUCAUUAUAUGUCAUCUUAGCGAGGAUUUCAUAUUUUAUUGGAGUCAUAGAAUUUUACAUCUACCAAAGUUGUAUCCAAAGAUUCACAAAGUUCAUCAUUAAUACAAUGUUUCAAGUAGGAUUGUAACUAUACUUAGUUGCCAUUGCGACUGAAUAUGCUCAUCCAAUAGAAUUUAUAUCAAGUAACAUAAUCCCUAUUUUCUCUGGUCCUUAUUUAUUAGGUGAUCGAAUCCAUUGCAUAACUAUUCUAAUUUAUGUUGGAUUGCAUUUAUCAAAAGCCAUACAUCAACAUUGCGGGUAUGUUUUCCCUUGGGAACUUUAUAAUUAUUUGCCCUUUGCUACGAAUUCAAUUCACCAUGGAUUGCAUCACAGCGAAAACAAUGGUAAUUAUGGAUCACAAUUUAUUCUGUUUGAUAAGUUGUUUGGCACUUGCAUCGAGUAUAAGGUAAAGUGA